CUGCAGCCUAGAACAUUUUUGAUGGCUGCGCCCAUCUGGGGUGUUCUCAUCGGUAUACCGGGGCGCCUGAAUUAAAAGUGUUUUGCUUAGAGAACCGUUGUAAAGGAUUAUCAAAGCACAGUGCGUUGAUUAAUCAUGUAGUAUUAAUUACGGAUGUGACACUAAGCCUUGACUGAUUGACUGAUUACUGCUCGACGCGAAAUGUCAGACAGCAGCUCCGACGAGAGCGAUGAACGACUACGAGAAGCGGCGGUCACUGUUCAAGAUAUUUUUGCGAAAAAUCCGGGGCAGAAGAAGCCACAAGAAAGCGUGCAAGAAAACAAUGACGCAACCAAGGACACCGGUACAACCAUAACAGACUUGUCGGCGGAAUGCAGACAGUUCCUCGCCAAGAGCUUGUCAAAUAACUUGGACAAGAAAAUCAAGAUAGUUGAUAAGCACUUUGAAAUACAAGAUGAUGACAACAGCACAGGCAUUAAGCUUUUUACUGACUCCACCGUGGAAUUGGUCGAGCUUGAGGAACCCGAAGUGCAGCGACCUCGUAAGAAACACAAAAAGUCUAAAGAAAAGGUAACAGACGACAUGCUCGCAGCCAUUGCUGUAACACCGGAAUGGGUGCUACAGCAGUCUGGCAUCCAAGGUGCCAACAAAUAGCCAAAAGUCAUCUGCAGGAAGCUCUGGAGCUACUCAAGUUCUAAUGGUGUAAUAGUAUAUCAGCACUAUAUUGACUCUAGAUACAGUGUUCGAGUGCUUGUAAUAUCUCCUAUAUUUGUAAAUAAACAAAUUCUUUCAUGA